AUGAGAUCUGCGAAGCGCUCUUUCAUGGAGCUCCCCCCGGAGCUUCGUAAUCAGAUCUACCUCUGUUACAUUGAUGCAACCACAUCCCACCGCGAAAUCGAUUGGUCCUCACUCAGUCCUCACGAGGAGGAUAGAAGGAUCACCGACACGCUUGCUCUGAGUCGGUUAUGCAAGCAGAUCCGCAAAGAGUACCUCUCGCUCUGGAUAUCAACUGUGACGGUCAGAGUUCGAGAGUUUCACCUCGAAAGGUAUUUGGUGAAAUUCCACUCGCUUGAUAACACGGUUUGCUCCCACGCAAACCUUUGCUUGCUGCUCCCUCAGUAUUUCAAUGGAAGUUGGAUCAGGUCCAGAGCUGUGACGGACAUCACCAGUCUCUUCAAAGCAAUGGUGCAGAACAAGAACUUGAACUGUAAAAUGGCAACUGUGUGGCCUCCAGGAGGCGCCGUAGAUGACAUGAAGGAACUCGACGAUAUUUUGAGCAAGGUCAGUCACAACGCCAUACCCGUUCUCGACUCCAUUGUCUCAGUGCAACUAUCGGUAAGCCAGCACCGUCCGAUUGUUCACUUCACCUUGAAGGAACAUAGGACGCUGCCAGGAGAGUGGCCCUGGUACGGAGCUUAUGAUCUCAACCGCGAGAGCUUGCUCCUCUGGGUCAAGUGGUUUGAAGGUCUCGGGCUACUUGAGGCUGGUUUGAAAGUAUGGUGCAUCGACAUCACGGCCGAACCGCAUGACGACAACAUCGCGUCAUUCACCCCAAUUUUUGUGGACGACCAAUACACGAAGCCUCGUCAAGGUGGUACUUUGCGCCUGUUUCAGUAG